GUGGGAGACGACUCAAGAGGGACUCUCUACUCUCUCCCUAUCAGAUCUACCUCUAUAGUCUCACAUAUAUUAAGUCGUUCAGACACAAAGACCUGUUUUGUUCAAACUCUCUCUCUCUAUCCCAAAAAAAAAAAAAGAAGAGAUGGACGAAGCAGCGGCGCAUCCAUACGUUCCAAGAGAUCUGAAACUGCCUGGAUACGUUCCCAUCUCCAUGUCCAUGUCAACUAUCCUCGCAGUCUACCUCGGUGCCUCUCUCUUUGUCGUCACCUUCGUCUGGUUUCUACUCGGGAGGAAGAAAGCGCAUCUUGACAGAUUGCUAAUGUGCUGGUGGGCUUUCACCGGUCUCACUCACAUGGUUCUUGAGGGCUAUUUCGUUUUCUCCCCUGACUUUUUCAAGGACAACACUUCUUGCUAUCUCGCUGAAGUUUGGAAAGAAUACAGCAAAGGUGAUUCUAGAUACGCGGGGAGAGAUUCUGCAGUUAUAGCUGUUGAAGGCAUCACUGCUGUUAUUGAAGGCCCUGCUUCUCUUCUUGCUGUAUAUGCUAUUGCGAAGGGGAAGUCGUACAGCUACGUGCUUCAGCUUGCGAUUUCGCUAGGCCAGCUCUACGGAUGUCUUGUCUAUUUCAUUACUGCUUUCUUGGAAGGAGAUAACUUUGCUACAAACUCCUUCUACUACUACUCCUACUACAUUUUCGCUAAUGGAUGGUGGGUUUUGAUUCCUUUCCUCAUUUCUUACCGUUGCUGGAACAAGAUUUGUGAAAGUGCCAACGGUGUGGAGACUAAGAUUAAGAAGAAAACCCGUUAGAAUGCAAAACAACUCUUUACAAGAUUCUAUUUUUUUCAUCUCUUCUUUCUGGCUUUGAUGCUUGCUUGUCUUCUGUUUCCUCAUUUUACCUGAGAACAUCAUUAGACUGUUUCUCCUUUGGCAAUUGAAUUUGGUUUCAUUUUUA